AGAUAUGGAGGACGGAGACGGGGAAUUACGAUGUAGGAAAGUGCGAACCGAAUCUACUCACUCAUCCGAAGGAUUCACCAUCGGCAGCGAUCUCGAGGAUGACGAGGCGAGCCCGUCCUCAUGUCGAACCGCUCGAGUAGGCAUAUCUAAUAAUCUUACUAUCUACUGUGGUGACGAUGAAGAACCACUUCUACCAGAAUCAGACUAUCAACAGCAACCACUUCUCACUACGCGAUCAUAUAGUUUUUUCGAAUAUUGUUGGAAUGAACUAACUAGGGGAUAUUCUUUACAUAACGAUCAAACUCGUUAUACAGAGAAACGACGGAAAGUUUAUGCUUUCCUUCGCAUUCCUAUAGAGGUAGAACGAUUUCUCUUUUAUGGCUUACUACAAUGCAUAGAUGCAUUCUGUUAUCUAUUCACAUUUCUUCCGAUUAGGUUUCUUAUGUCUGUGAUGGGUUUCUUAUUACGACUGCGGCCUUGGACCUCUGCAGAAACUUGCGAUUUUUUCAAAGUUUGGAUUAUUGUUUUUGGUACGAUACUCAUGCAACAUAUAGAUACUUCUGUUGUUUAUCACCAAGUUCGAGGCCAAGGAGUUAUAAAACUAUACAUUUUCUAUAACAUGCUUGAAGUAGCAGACAAAUUGUUUAGCAGUUUGGGCCAGGAUAUCCUCGACGCCUUGUUCUGGACAGCGAACGAACCGAAGACGAUAAGAAGUAUAGUCAGGACAGUGUUCCAUUUCGUGUUCGCUCUUUCCUAUGCUACAAUACACACCUUUUUGGUUCUAUUGCAGGCUACCACCUUGAAUGUGGCAUUCAAUUCCCAUAACCAAGCUCUGCUGGCUAUUAUGAUGUCUAACAAUUUUGUGGAGUUAAAAGGAUCAGUGUUCAAGAAAUUUGCUAAGGCAAAUCUAUUUCAAAUGGCUUGCAGUGACGUUCGUGAACGAUUUCAUAUUAUAGCUUUGUUAUUUGUUGUGAUGCUUAGGAAUAUGAUGGCUGUAAACUGGAGUAGUGAACAUUUCCGAGAAAUGAUGCCUGAUAUAUUCAUGGUGAUAGGAGCUGAGUUGUUGGUUGAUUGGUUGAAGCAUGCUUUUAUAACAAAGUUCAACGAAAUCAAUGCAGAAGUUUACAGAGAUUUUACCAUCACCAUAGCUUUUGAUGUAGUGAAAAGUCGUGACUCCUCGGCUUUCAGCGACUAUUCUGAUCAGGUCUCACGAAGGAUGGGUUUUAUUCCAAUACCGCUUUCCAUCAUGCUCAUACGCGUUCUGAGUCAGACGAUCACGUUACAAAGUAGAAUGAGCAUAUUGAUCUGCGUAGUCGCUUGGUUAGUGUUGCUUUCUAUCAAAAUCUGCAAUGGCAUAGUUCUGCUUGGCAAAGCUUGCAUCCAUGUAACCGCUUAUAGGGAGCUGCAGGCACGCGCGGAGUAUGAUUUGUAUCGUAGGCGCAUGGUUGAGAAGAAGAGUAAGAGCGUACCAAAUUCGCCUAAGAUCAGCUUGGUAGACUUUACAGACGUUCUGCAUCAAACAGCUGGAGUAAAGGGAUACACCAUUUCUGAUCUGAUUAACCAAUGGGAUGAUUUUGAAUCGACAAGUGAGAGGAAGAGUGUAGAGCGAGAUCGCGACGAGCAGCGACCACCGCGUAGAACGCAAAGUCUUGCUCAAAUAGAGACUCGCAUUCAACGAGACCAUAGUGAGCCCCCUUCAUGCAUACCUGAAGCUGAAGAGAAGUCGCUGAAGGAUGAUUCUUCGACCACUACAGAGAAAGGAGCGAAAGAGAAGGAAAAAAUCGAUGCUGGCCCAAUAAGCCCGAAAAAGAAAAUGGCUCAACCAUCGACCGAUUGCGAAGGGCUUGCCGAUGUCACAGCAUACAAAAUGCUUCCAGCAGAGCAAGGAGUGCAACGAAUAGAAUGAGUUAAAUGCUCAGGUAGUUAUUGGUUGAUCUUGGUUUCAAAUGCUAUCGGUUUAUCAACGACUGGUUUAAUUUCUGGGCUGUAUAUCAUCGAAAUUUGUUGUCAGUUUGCUCAAAAGCAUCUUCAACCAACCCUGCUCUGUUUAUCAUUUGUGUUUGUUCUAUGGACAUGUGAUCAGUUUUUCUACUUAAAGAUACGGGAUUCGUGGGUGGCAUGCUUUGACUAAUCCCUUAACUCCUCGAUCAUCUGAGAUAAUCUCAAUUAGAGAUUAGGUAGUCGUUGGGAAACGCUUGUGCUUAGAUACUAUCAGAGUCUAAGAAUAGCAGUAUAAUAUAUUCUAUGUAAUUUGUUAGAACAUUCCUGGUUCUAGGGUUAUUUGUUAGUUUUCCAAAAUGAGCGUGUUCAUCCUGUGAUUGCAACUAAUUUAUUAAUUUAUGAUGGGCGUGAUGUUUCGUGUGAUAUAUACCAUGUGCAAAUAUUUUAAUAAAUUAAAACAUUCAAA